CAAAAGUGUAAAUCUAAAUGAGAGUAUUUUCAGAAGAACUAUACUGUACUGUAUGUUAUUAAUCGUUAAUAAGAAUAAGAUCUUCGCGGAUUCUACUUUAUUUAAUUUUUUAAUAAUUACAACCUUAAUAGUAAAUACUAAAUAACUAUAUUUUCAAGAUGAAAUAAAUCUAACUUGAUACAAAAAUACAAUCUUGUUCGUAGUUUUGAGCCGUUGGUUUCGAAAAAGGGACUAACUAAUUUGUAGAAAAUGUUGCAAAGCAAAGCAUCAAAGUAAACUACUCCAAGUGAAAUUAUCUAAAAAUGGCUAAUGGAGGAGGGGAUCCUGUUAUUUUAGCAACAGCUGGAUAUGAUCAUAGAAUUCGAUUUUGGCAGGCCCAUAGUGGCAUCUGUCACAGAACCGUACAACAUCCUGAUUCAGUAUCCUUUUAACUCAAACUCAAUGUGUUGACUGUUCAGUACUGCAACUGUUACUAUAAUUGCCAUUGCUAACUUACUAGUUUUGAUCAACGAGAUUCUAUGUCACGAUUUAAGUUAAAUGCAUUUAAUGACUUAUUAAGUUACAAAUACUUACUUAGCCCUAUUCACUGGAACGUGAGUUGAGAUUUGACUGCUACCGAUACUUCUAUUACUCACUGACUCAAAGCUUUCCAAACUCUUCAUUGUUUUUUUUUUCUUGGCAAAAUACUUGAAAAUAGUCUCAAGACCUAAAUCAUUUCAUUUCGUGAUAGCCUAUGUUAGUUUUAUUAUUUGUUAUUAGUUAGUGGCAUACCAGGGAUUCAAAUAAGGGUUAAAUUUUAAGUGAAAAUGGCUUAAUAAUUCACCCAUUUUAAAAUUGAUGGAGCCUUUUCGAGCUGUCUGUGCCAAAAAGACAGAGCACUUUUUACGAACUCGGCACUCACAUUAUUUAUAAAAAAUAAAUAAUUUAUUUUACAUUUACAUAUAUAAAACUAUAUAUAUUCUUGUAGAAAAUUGAAUAAGCUAAUACAAUAUUUAUAAAUCAAACUGAAAUUUCAACAUUUAUGCAUAAUUUUUGCGUACAAUUUUUGGUUAAACUGAGAAUAAACAUGACUUACGGGUGUAAAAUGUGUGAAUUUUUAGAUGGAUGAAGCAUGAAUAGAUCCUAACACGUGUGUUUUGGGAAAUAAGGCCCUUCAGACACCCCGGCAUAGAAAUCUACUCCUUUUCCUGCCCCCGGGGUACUUUUCCUGUUGCUACAAACAGAGCAGUCAUUUUCAACAUUGUGCACCCAAUUAUGGUUUAUUUGAGCUGGUGUUACUGAGAAAGUUGUCUGCAUAAUUAUUAGUUAUUAUUAUUCUCUCUCACAAACAUUUUAAUGAUAUUUUGUGUAAAAAUUAGCAUAAAGUACUCAACUGGGGUGCUUAUCCCAUAAGGCAUAUUUAUAGGCUCUAUUUUUUCUAAAAAUUCAUAGGGGUCAUCUCUAUACAAUUCAGAACCCCUAAUCCUAAACCAAGGAUUCACAACAUUAUCGUAACAUAAUCAUUUUGAUUGUUUUCAUUACUUUCCUAGUUGUUUUCAUCAGUGUCAGAUUCACUGCUAGACAGCGAGAAAUCAGAAUCACUAAGUACUAAGCACAUUUUGAUCAGACAUGUUCGAAUUUCACAAUAUAACUAUACACACUAAAAAUAAUUCCUGCUCACAAAAAAAUUUAGUUCACCAUCAAUGAACGCCGCCAUUACAAUGCUAGGAUGUGCAGGAAUUCGUAAGAAUAAUUUUGAUUCGUUGGUAUAACGAGAAGGCAGCCAUUCGUGAGGCUCGAUUUAUCGGGCCAGUGGUUCGGACUUUUGUCUUACUCGCAAGUCAACCUUGGGCCGAUAGAUCGCCCCUUACAUCUCCAGAGGGUUUUAGUUGUCACCAAGUCAGGGUUAUCAAUAAGGCUAAUUGAUUUCAUUUACUGUCAAAAAUUGGAAUUGAGUUUAUUGAGACCCUAAAGACUGGUUUGGCCUAUAAAUUAAAAAAUUUAAUGUUCAUAUACCAAAACGCCCUAUAACCUGUUCUUAAACUUACUGUAUCUGAUAUUAUUAUUCAUCGUAAAUAUUGUUAUGAAUGAUUCUAAUACUUAAAAUUUAAAUUAUGUGUAACCUUUUUUUUAAAAUAUUUUAAAAUUUAAAUAUAUGUUAAUAUGUAAAAUAAGGAGGGUAGGGGUAGAAUAAUCAGUUCACACUACCUCGUUCAAUGAAUGAAAACCAUAUUGAAGAAAUUACCAUGGGACUGUGUAGUGUGUUUGGUAUAUAGCUAGAUAUUGUUCUAACUUGAAGCCUAAGCUAUCCUAUUAUUGGUGAAUUCCAUGGUAACAGACAAAACUUUCAGCAAAAUAAUUUCAAUUAGCAUUCAGUAUAAAUAAAAAAUGUAAUUAAUUGUUUAAUUUAACUAUACAUGAAUUUGGGUAUUAAGUUGGUAGACUAUAAAACCAUAGUAUUUAUAAAAAUAUAUUAAGCAUAGUAGUAAAAAUAAUCAAUUUUGGAAAUGUAACUAAUGUAACACGAAAUUGACAUAAUAUUUGAGUUAGCAUCUCUAUUUUGUUUACCAUUGAUACUCCAUGAAAUGUGCUUUAACUGAAUUACCCACAUAUAUUUUCAAACCAAUUAUCUACAGUGUUUUACUUUUCUUAGGAAAACCUUUAAAAAACUAUGUAAAAGUUUAAAAGCACAUGUUUAAAAAAAUACAGAUUAAUUAAUUUAACUUCUAUAACAUGACUUUGUUACUGAUGUAUACGAUAACAAAGUCAAUUCUUUUACAGAAUUAAAAAUACUUUACUGUAGUAGAUAAAUAAACUUAAUUAACUAAAUAUAAGUUACAGUGUUUUGAUGCUUAUCCAUGAUGAGACGUUGACCAUGGCAAUGAAAAUUGUCUGUGUAUAUUUAUUAGAUGUAAACACAACAAUAUUCAACAAAAUAUCAAUUAAAAUGUGCAGACAACAUGCUUUUAAUUUAAUUUGGCCACCAGGUUUCACAUCAACCAUAGAUACAGUAAUAAAAAUGAUUCCAUACCAAGAUGCAUGAAAUAAAUUUAUAUGGCACUACAUUUAUGCAGUUUAAUUGUUGGAUGUUAUGUCAACUUUUGCAUUGGAUUCACCUAUUGUAACUUUCUAACACCUCAAUGCAAGUAUGGUAGCACCAUGAGUGAUUAAGCACCUCCAACAGAUUUAUAAUAUACACCACAAGUAAUAACCUGUUAAUAUUUUUUAAUGUAAAAAAUGUAUUUUUAUUAUAACAUAUUUUUUUUAAAAUCCAAUCCACUUAAAAAGACCACACAAUUUUGGUUUUUAAUAUUUUUUAAAUUUAAUGUCCAUAAAUAGAAUUUCAUAAAUGAAAAUGCAUUGAUCUGGACAAGUUUGUGAGAAAACCACUGGCAUAAAUAAAGCCAUAUUUUAAUAAAUAUUUUCCUUCAUAUGCAUACAGCAAGUAAAUGCGCUGGACAUUACACCUGACAAACAAUUAAUUGCAGCUGCUGGUAAAUAUAAUUUAAAAAUAGUUUUUGUUAUUCUUUAUAACUAGUUAUAAGGUAGGUUUUUUUUUUCCAUGAUGCUAAAAAGUUGAACAGUAGGUUGAAAAUCAAUUAUUCUUUAUAAACAUUGUUCAGAGUACCAAUUAUAUUUUUACCUUUUUUAUUUAUUUAUAUAUUUUUAUUCUUUGAGACUUUUACUUAUUUUAGACUUUAAAAUAUUGGGUAUUAGUUUAUUUUAUUUAACAAUUAUACUUUAUACAUUAUACUCUUAACAUUUUGUUAAAUUACAUUUUUUUAGUAUGAUGAAACUAUAAUUUAUAAAAGAGGUAUUUCUUCUUCAGGUUACCAGCACAUACGGAUGUAUGAUAUUAACUCUUCCAACCCUAAUGCAUUGAUUAACUAUGAAGGAGUACAGAAAAAUGUUACUGCUGUUGGUUUCCAUGAAGAUGGCAAGUGGAUGUAUACUGGUGGAGAGGACCACACUGCCAAAAUAUGGGAUCUCAGGUAAUGGCACUUAGGUAAUUCAAAAAGUAAAGGACCUUUAGAGCAUAACUAUAAUUAUUUAAUAAUAUUGAGUAAUUGUUAUAAAACAUUUAUUAAUUUAGAAAUAUAGAUUAAUAUUAGAUAUAAUACAAAUUACAUUGAUUUAAAAUAUGCUCUAACUCACUAGCAAAUAACAACUCAUAUUGGAAGUUUUCCAGACCACAUGCCAAUGAAAGAUUUACUCCAUAACAUUCUGGCUAAAUGCAAUCUCUGAAAUGAAGAAUUUAAAUGCUGAUGACAUUUCCAUGGACAUGGCUUGGUCAUGCUUUUUAAAUGCCAGCAAACUCAUUUCUCAAGAAAUGGAAAUUAUUUAUUUAUUUAUUUAUUUAGGCAUUUUUAUAUAGCGCUUAUCAUAAAGCUCUAAGCGCUUUACAAUUAUUAAAACAUGUAAACUAAGUAAAUACAAAUGAGACACUAGGAUAGUAACUACUAUUCUAUAGAAACAAUGAAAAUGGCUAUAAAACGAGGACACUUUGACACUUCAGGAUCAACCCGAAACAUAAAAUGAGGUAGGGCAAGGAGGGUGCAUCACAGGUCAUAGGCGGACCUAAACAGAUGAGUUUUAAGGGACUUUUUGAAAAUGGACGAGGUUUCACUAUGACGUAUAUAGAAGGGGAGCUGGUUCCAGAACGUGGGCCCAUGGAAGCAGAAGGAGCGUUCACCGAUGGUCUUAGUUUUAGUUCUUGGGAUUGAGAGGGUUCUACUGUCAAUGGAAGAACGUAGUUGUCUUGUGGGGAUGUAAGGAAGCAACAGUUCAGAGAGAUAGACAGGAAAGUGAGGGUCAGUGAACGAGUUGAAGCAAAGAUUGGAAGACUUGUAUUUGAUGCGAGAGGAUAUUGGAAGCCAGUGGAGUUGCCGCAUGUGUGGUUGAAUGUGGUCAUGUUUCUUUAAUUUAAAAAUGAGUCUGCAUGCUGAGUUCUGUGCCUUCUGAAGUUUUUCUAUGUGGUGUUGAGGAAUGCCUGAGAGAAGAAUGUUACAGUAGUCAAAUUUUGAAAGAAUGAGUGAAGAGACGAGAGUUUUUGUGGCAUCAAAGGAGAGGAGGUGUCUAAUGGUGCUGAUUUUUCUAAUUUCGUUAUAUGCUGAUCUGCAUAUAUUCGUGACAUGUUUGUCCAUGGAGAGGGUGUCCGUAAGCGUGACUCCAAGGUUUCUGGCAGAGGGAGAGAGUGUGAUGUCAGAGUUGCCAAUAGAUAUAGAAGAAGGAGCGAAUGGAGGGAGAGGUUUGUUUUGAGAGUGGAUGAGAAGGAUUUCCGUUUUAUCAUCAUUUAGCUUCAGUUUGUUGCAAGUCAUCCAACGCUUUACAUCGUCCACGCACUCCUGUAUGCGAAGGAUUGUGGCAUCAAGUUGAUCAGGAAAGCAAGAGUCACUGAUUUGAGUGUCAUCAGCAAAGGAUUGACUGGAAACUGAGUGGUGGCUAAUGAGAGAUGAUAGAGGUUUAGUGUAGAGGAUGAAAAGGACCGGCCCAAGGACCGAUCCUUGAGGAACUCCAAUAGACAGGGCUGAAGGUUUGGAAGAGCGGUUGGAAAUAGAAACUUUUUGAGUUCUGUCAGAAAGAUAUGAUUGAAACCAGUUUAAAGCUGAGCCAGUAAGUCCGAAAGAAAGAUGAAGGCGGUCAAGAAGAAUCUGGUGGUCAAUGGUAUCAAAUGCAGCAGAGAGAUCUAACAGAGUGAGAAUAGAGAGUUUGCCAUCGUCCAUCGCGCGCAGGAGAUCACUCAUGACUCGGACCAGUGCUGUUUCUAAAUAAUAAAUUAUAACUGCACAUGACAAAGAAUCCCUUGCACAGGACGUUAGAGAAUGGCAUAGAAACCUUAAUUGAAUAAAUGAAUCCUAACUAUAUGAUUAAAUUUUCAAAACACAUUUUUAAUUUUUAAAAAGGUGUUAACAAUGCUCUUUUCAGUAUGCGCUUCUGGAAUGACCCCAACAUAUUUCAGUCAUUAAUAUUGCUUGCUUGUCACCAUAUUAAAAAUUGUUUUAAAAAUUUCUUUUAGAUCCAGAACACUGCAAUGUCAAAGAAUAUUCCAAGUAAAGGCACCAGUAAAUUGUGUGACGCUUCAUCCGAAUCAGGUAAUCAUCAAUUAAAUGGGGCUUUGCUGAUUUUUGUUUUUAAUUAGGACUUUAGUGGUUGAACAUUUUCUAUCAGGUACCAGAUACAAAUUUUUGAUACUUUUGAAAAAAUAUUAUUUUGCAAAAGAUAAUUGAUCACAUUAGAUUUCAAUUUAACUUAGAAAGUAAAGUAAAAUUAAUUUUGUGAACAGUUCACAUAUAUAUACAUUAGAACCAAACUUUUGAAACUUUAAAAAAUUUAAUGGGCAUAUUUAGCAUCAUUGUGGUUUUCUGAGACAAAUUUUUUUUAUCAAAACAGGGUGAGUUAUACGUAGGAGACCAAAGUGGUUCCAUACAUUGCUGGGAUUUAAAAACAGACGUGAAUGAGCAUUUAGUAAGAUUUGUAUUUAUUUAUUUAGAAAUAAUAUAAUUUUGACUUGUGAUGUCUAUAGAAAUCUGAACUUAUAUUUAAUCUUACUUUGUUAAAGUUGGAUGAAAUGUUUUGUUCUCUCCCCAAAAAUUCAUAAUGGCAUGUCACAUUUCCUUUUCUGUGUGUCAUUUUUCAUAUUCUACACAAUUUUCUAUCAUGUUAUCUAUUAUUUAAGUGAUAUUUUAUAAUGUUUUUUCGAGUGCAAUAAUGACUUUAUCCUUUUUAGACAUAAUUUUCACUUAUAGAUGAUAAAAACAAUUUUAAGCAUGUGGCCAUUAUUGUAUAAUAAUUGAUUUUGACCAACUUAAUAACAAAUCUUUUUAGAUAGAAAUGUGUUUUCAUUUCUCAGAUUCCAGAGCCAGAUGCAGCAAUAACAUCAGUCAGUAUUGACCCAAUGGGUACUUUAAUGGCAGCUGUCAACAAUAAGGUAGUGUAUAAUAAAUGUGACACUGUCUUAUACAGGUGUGUAACUAGAACGAAGCUAGCAUGCAAGGCUGCAAAUGCUAGCUUUUUGUUCACCAUGUGAAAAUAAGAAUACAUUUUGAUGUGAACCCUAAAUUUUGGAGGUCCACUGAGAUUAAUUUAAAUUUUCUUUCAAUAAUAAAGUUAUAAGGGAUAUUCGGGUUUUUAAAGUUGCCUUCUGGUCAUGGACCAGAUUUAUGUUUAAAAUUUAAAAAGGAAAUGCAAUAUUUACUUUAGACAUGUCUGAUAUUUUAUCUUCAAAACUGCGCAGUGUGAAAUAGCCUUAGAAAACAAGCAUUUCAGUAAUUUUUAGGACAGGUAAUAAGGUAUGCGGGUCGGGACAGAUACAUGUUAAAUGAUGGUAGGGGUUAAGAGCUAGGAAGGAUGAGGUAAGAGGGAAAUGCCUUAGACUUAUAUAAACACUUUUUAAAAUUAACAUAACCAUAAAUUUUAAAAAAUUGUUUAAUGUUUUUUCAAAGGGAAAUUGCUAUUUAUGGACUAUGAAUUCCAGUCGUUCAAAUGGGCCUUCCAAUUUGCAUCCCAAAAAGAAAUUUCAAGCACAUACUAAAUAUAUCCUUAAAUGUCUUUUUAGUCCAGAUUCCACGUAAGUAUAAUAAACCAAUAAUUUUCUCAUUUGAGGUAACUUAAAGAUAAUAUUUCUAUAAAGCUUAAUCACCAAGGAUAUUUAUGGGUUUUUUCAUUUAUUGGAAAUUUUAAUAAUGUACCAAAACAUAUCCGGUUAAUUUUCCACACCUAUUCUAGACCACAAUAUGUCAAGGUAAAUUACCAAUUAUCUCUAACCAGAGAAAUAAGCACUGGGGCACCACAAGGCUGCGUUCUCUCCCCUGUACUGUAUACAAUCUUUACCAAGAUAUUCAAAGCUUAAAAUUUGCUGAUGAUACCACCAUUGUUAGCUGAAUAUCUGAAGGAGAAGGCUUAUAUCGCAACUGAUUUAAAAGCUUUAUCAAUUGGUGCUAUGAAAAUUUCCUCUAGCUGAAUGUCUCAAAAAAAAAAGGAAAUGGUUGUUGAUUUCAGGAGGGGGGAACACCAGAUUACAGAUCUCAUCAUAAAAAAUCAAAGUGUAGAGAAAGUAGAGGCAUAUAAGUACUUAGGUGUCACCAUUAGUAAUAAGCUAACUUGGCAUGAGCACGGCCAAAUGCUGUAUAAGAAAUUCAAUCAAAGACUAUUCUACCUCACAAAAUUUUUGAAAUUUUGGCAUAAACAAACAAGUCCUUAACUUAUUCUACAGUGCAACAAUUGGAAGCCUACUUAAUUUCAGUAUUACCUGCUAGUGUGGGAAUUCAACGUCUUAAUAUUAAGCACCGCAUAAAUCGACUAAUCAAGAAAGCUAGGAAAUAACACAAACUAAACAUCCUUUACUGGGAGAACUAUUUGAAAAAAGAUGUUAUACUUAAACUAAACACAGUUUGGAUGAUACAUCUCACCCUCUUCAUACAGAUACUUAGGAUCCGCCCCCUCUUUCCAUCAGGGCGAGGACUGAAAGAUAUAAAAAUUCUUUUGUUCCCCAAUCUGUACGAAUUUACCAGCGUGCUGCCCCUGAAGUCACAAAUCUUAAUGAGAACUAAUAUGUCCCUGAUAUGUCUAAGAGAACUCACGGAAUGGCUGCUAGUGAAAAAAUUUAUUACAAAUUUCUUGUGUUCUAAUAGUUUUUUAUAUGUGCUGAAAAUGUACAAUGUAAUCAUAAAACAUUUCCAUUUUUUUUGGAUCAAUAAAAGAAUCUUAUCUUAAAUGUAGCAGCAAACACUAACCUGUUUUAUCGCUUCAUGAUUUUUUUUUAAUACUGAGCUAUGAAUUUAUUAAUUUGAAUAAUGUGUUGUUAAAAAGGUUACUUUGAUAAGUAAAAAUGGAAUUCCUGCUCUUUUAACAGUCUCUUAGCCACAACAUCAGCAGAUGGAACCUGUCGCAUUUGGAGAACUGCGGAUCUGUCACUUUGUACGGAACUUAAGGAUAAGGCUCAACGUUGGGUUUGGGAUUGUGCAUUUAGUGGUGACUCUCAGUACAUAAUAACAGGUAAAUAGUUGUCUCAGUUGUGCAUUUAGUGGUGACUCUCAGUACGUAAUAACAGGUAAAAAUUUGUCUCAGUUGUGCAUUUAGUGGUGACUCUCAGCACAUAACAGGUAAAAAGUUGUCUCAGUUGUGCAUUUAGUGGUGACUCUCAGUACAUGAUAACAGGUAAAAAGUUGUCUCAGUUGUGCAUUUAGUGGUGACUCUCAGUACAUAAUAACAGGUAAAAAGUUGUCUCUGUUGUGUUCAAAAAAAAUUUUAAAUUCUAAGCUAUAAGAAUCUAAUUCACUACUGGCACACAUCUCAUCUAAACUACUCAAUAAUGGAAUCAUUCCAUUAUCCCAAACAACAAUUUCAAUGAGAUGUUAGUGCUUAUAACUGAUUUUUCUUUAUUCAAUUAACAACUUCCACAAUAGGUACAGAUACUCAACGAGAAGUUUGAUAACCCUUACUUUUUGUCAAGGGAAACAAUUAUGUCUAAUGAAUAUGUUCAUCCACGACCACACUUGGUAACAGAGUUCUUUAUUUACAAGUUCUCCUUGAAUAUUACACUGUUCAAAACCACAAGUUGCACAUAAUGAAAACUCCUUCCCAACAGCAAACAAGAUGGCUGACACUCCAGUCUGAGUUCACAACAAUCCUCUCACAAAACACUAAGGAGCACUGCCAUCAACAUAACUGAACAUACUACCUCCUGUUCUCAGACUAAUUUCAUCUCUACUGGUUAACUAUAUCGAAACCCUCUCGACAACGUUCACUCAGCAAACCCUAAACCCAACACCUUGAGAUGAUCUGACCUUGCAUAACGUUUCUCGACCAAUCACAUCUCACCCUCACAAAAACCUCUCACGAUCAACUUUUCAUAACACACAUUCACGCUCCUAAAUCUCAUUCAUCACAAUAACAAUAAAAUUCAUAUGUUAAAUAAAUUAAAAUCCUGUUAUGAAUUCCACAGCCUCAUCUGAUAAUAAUGCAAGACUUUGGAGUGUUAACACAGGAGAAAUUAAAAGGGAAUACAGUGGACAUGAAAAAGCUGUUGUUUGCCUGGCAUUUCGAGAUGAAGUGGUUUCAUAGCAAAUGUAAAAAUUAUCCCAUUUUAUAAUGGAUUUGUCUAUUUUGCAGAACAGAAAAUAUAAAUAUCUUUUCUACAUGAAAACUCCUUUUUUAAAAUCUAUUUUCAGGUUCAAGAAAUGUGAUAUGAACUUAAGCUGUUUUUUUGUUUUUGUUUUUUUAAAUUUGAAUUUCAUGUGAUUGUUAAAUCCUUAAAAUUAGUUUUAAUCUAAGCUGUGCACUGCCUAAUAGGAAACAAUAAUAAAUAAUAAUAAAAUUAAAAUGAAUUAGUUGGGGUUUAAAAAAAUGCCUACUCAGGGUUGUCCUACGCACAGGUCUAGAUCCUAUCUUUUUCUAAAGAAUAAUGAACACUCUUCCCCAAACGUGACCUGUGAUCCAUAUUUAAUUAUGCUUACACUAGAUCAUAUGUCAUGUCAAAGCAGAAUUAUGGUUUAUUUGUGAUUCCAGAACUAGUCCACAAUAAUGGUUGGAUGCCCCUGCACUACUGAAUAUGUUAUUAUGUAUUUGUCUGUGUACUGGUAUGUGUUAAGAGUGAACUGGACUUGAAUAAAUCAGACAUGUUUAUUACAGAGUACAAAUUAAAACCAAUAUUUUGCAGAUUUGUGACUAUUGUCUUCUUAAACUUAAUGUCAUUGAAAAUAAACACAAAAUGGAA